AUGCUAAAAUCAUCGUCAACAACCACAUCAUCUGCAAAUUCUCUUUUGACAAUUCUUAGUGCAAAACUGCGAAAGUGUUGUAAAUCACCAUCUCCUUCUCUCACUUGUUUAAGGUUAGACACUGAGAAUUUCCAUUUCGGAGUAUGGCAAAAGUCGGUUGGGGCACGGUCGGAUUCGAAUUGGAUGAUGACUGUUGACUUUGAUAAGAAGAACGAUCAGCCCCUAUUGCCAGCGGCUGAGAUCAACGAAUUAAAGGCUGAAGUAAUAGCUAACCUUGAGUCAAAUGACGACGAACUGCGAAUCAGUGCCUGUUCUCAGCUAAGCUGGCUUCUUGAUGAUUUCAGAAGCAUAGAUCUAUCAUCGGAGGGAUUCAUAUCUGGAAUUGUUCCUCGACUCCUCGAGAUUCUUGAUAGAGAUGAUUACCCGAAGAUUCAGCUUGCGGCAGCGAAGGCUAUAGCAAAGAUUUCACAUCGUUCAUCUGAAAACAUCCACCUGAUUGAACAGGGUGCAGUUCCCAUUAUGGCACUCGAGGUGUUGGAAAUGAUUGCCAGUGUCUCAGCAGAAUCUCGUGACCUUGUCCUUCGUCAUGGAGUGUUAAUGCCCUUAUUGGAAGAAUUUAAUGAUAAAACAAAACCAAGCAUGAUGGAACAGGCAACGCGGACAUUGUCGAAGCUUUGUAUGAGAAAGCCUCGGUUCGAGCAGGUGAAAUCUGCCAUCCUACCUCUUGCUCAUCUGUUCUAUACAGACGAUGGAGAAUUCUAUAUGCAUGCAUGCGAGGCACUAUUCAAUCUAACUUGUGGGGAAAUGGAUAUGAAACAAGCUGUGAUUGAUGCUGGUGUUUUCCCUCGUUUGUUUGAGCUUUUACUAUAUCGUGAAUCAUUUAUUUCGUCUCCUGCCCUGCGCAUCGUUGGUAAUAUUAUUUCAUAUGUAGAUGAUACCCAGACUCAGAAUUUGAUGGGUUUAGAGGAAGUGAAUGUUGGUGAUUUGGCGUAUGUGGCAUAA